GCGAUCGAUCGCUUCUGCUCUCGCGCUCAGUGCGGUAUGGCACCAAAAUGGGAUCCUGAUCAUGCUAUGAAUAGCAGGUCCUGGAAGGGCCAUUUCAGGAUGAGACCCCACCAAGGGUCGGGUUUGGAGGGGGCCCGUUGUGGAAGCCUUCCCUUUGCACAUCAACUUCAUCGAAGUUGAUAAGGCCGGUUCGCAGUCAUACGCUGUUCGGGGGACAAUGAAGGCCCCAACCCUGCGCUGCGUUCUUUGUCGCUCUCUUCUGUUGUGCGAGCAGACGCCUCACUUCGGUCUCAUCGCGACCGAGCCGAAACCGCCUCUCUGCUGAUUCACGAGGCGAACGAAGCCGCCCACACGCCGUGGACGCCGCGUUGUCUCCUGACUCCACGACCCUUGAGCUGGUUGACGUCCUGGAGUUUGAUGGCCCUGAAAAUCCAAAUCGGCUCUCUGCCGCAGGCCAACCACCCUCAGUUAGAUCUAUCCUUCAGCCUUGAUGAUGUAUCAACCAGUUCCAUUCAUACCUUCGCCUGUGGGUGGAAUCUAACCCCGGCCACCAUGAUGCGAUGCUGUCCGUGCUACAAAGUGUGCUCACCCAAGAUGAGGCUCCCAAUGACGGCCACGAUCAACCGCGGAAUGACGACGCGGAUGAACAUUCCAGCACUGAACCUCAUGGUCAAUUCGCCCAUGGACUUCCCACCCCUCCAACGAGCGUGCGAGCGCUACGACUGGAGGGUUCGGGGGUGGUGGAGUUGACGGCUGUCGAAGGCGGUAGUGGAAUCAGUGAAGUGAACGAAUGUAAGAUGGUGCCGAAAGAGGCCCAGCGACGGUCAGAUCAAGAUCACCUGCCGGUACUUUUGAGCUGGGGAUCACCGACGGAUGCAAUGGCCACAGGCUCGGACUUCAAACGCCCGGGGAAAACAUCGUUCCAGAAAACGUCGCACUCCCGCGUCAAGGAGCCAAAAUCGAGGCAAGUGGCGAGACACGACGGCCUUCUCACUGCCGCUAUGCUGCAGACCAUCGACCGCAUAGGGGAAGUGCAGGUGCUGGAAGGGCUGAGGGGCACGAUCGCCGAGCUGGAAGCUCGGGCGUGGCAGGAUAGCCAAACCUUCAACGAACGUGGUGGUCAAAUCAUCCCGAAACAUCUGACGGAUCAACCCGACUCAAUGCGGAAAUUGUGGCUCCUGAAAGAAGAACUUGUCCUCACCGAGUCGAACGAGCAGAUACAUCGACUCCGGAAAAGAUUGACUUUGGCGGAGUUCUCUCAUGCCUACGACGCGUGCGCCUUGCGAUAUAUGGGCAUGGGGGGCAUCCCCCAGCGCCCGCGGUCGCGACCGGGGCAACGGGUACCCAAGACGGCAAUUGGUCGCGAAGCUCGCAAUUCGCAACACAAACGAGCGGCCAUGGAUCAUUUCGUGAACCUUCUAUUCCCCGGCGCAUUACCAACCAGCAAGACGAAGAGAACGGCGCGGAAAGCAGGGACGGUGACCAGAUACGCUGCCGCCAGGAAGAUUCAAAACUGGAGGGCGGCAGGACAGCCGUGGGCAAACAUCAUCACGCGCUUUGGCAAAGGAAUGCUACUGUUGAUACCGGACGAAGUGUCGGACGCAUACAUGCGAACCAUGUCAAAAGCCACUCUAUCAGCUUUUCUGGAUCGUGUCGAGCGGCGAGUGGCGGGCUGGGAAAACUGGUUGCCGACAUUGACGCCCUUGGUCGACUCCAUCUGCAUCAACCAUGCCCUACCUCGCGACUGGUUCUCGGAAGAAUGCCCUUCGUGGCUCAACGAGGGUGGAAGGACCGAUGCACAAAUAUGGAAGACCGAUCCAGAUUCGCCGUCCGCUCUUGGCGAGGGAGGCACGGCACCUUGGAGUCCUCUGAGGCAAUCAGGCGGUAUUGACCAGCAAUGGACUGAACCUGGCUUGGUUUUCGACCCCCCCAUGGAUGCGAAUGAGUUGGGCCUGUACAUGGCUGAGUCAUCCUCGCAAUUCGCUCUAGCUCCCCACGAAACCGUUCGGGAGGCCCCUUACACCACCUUCCUGGCAUGUCUUGCUGGAGAGACAAAUUUGGCUCCUGACCUCUGUUCGGCCUUUACAUCCGUGCAUGAUGGCUUCCCGCUGCCACCGAAUGAAGUGAAGGAAGGACUGGGCGUUGAUAUCGACGCGUUCCUAGCGAAAUCUCCCGUAUUGCCAUCCCUGACUGCAGAUGCACCCGGCAAUGAUGUAUCAGAUCAAGCAUCCACGUCGGUGAAUCGUUCAUAUUGCGACUAUCACGACAGCCCCGCGACCUACGCUGGCAUGGAGGCCCGCAAUGUCAACUGCGAGGACGAGUUUUUCUUUUUCAACUUUCCAGAGGAUAGCGAGUGAGUCCCCUUUCAUGACAUUUCCCAUCCAAAGGUUGGACAUCCCGGCAUGAACGGAACCCGGUAUCCUAGUCCAAAAGAUGAGAAUGAUCAUUUGUUUCCCUGAGCCUUCCUCCUAACUCAUCACUUUUCGGGAUAUACUCUCUUGCUUGGAAAAGUCUGUUCAAAGCUUUUCUGAUGGCCCUGAUACAUCUUGCGGUCCUCGUUGAGACCCUUCGAGAAUAUCACUCAGCUGCUAGACACCUAUCAUCCACCCACAUCUCCGCGACUUGCUGCUCGCUUGAUGAGUCUUUCAAUGCCUCCUGCGUGCCUGCAUUUUGGCCAGAGUUGAAUGUACGGGAUGUGCAACCGCAAUGCUCUGCUUCAACCCAGCGUGUGAAUAAACAUGACUACCUUCAGAGGCACAGUACACCCGAGUCGACUUGAACGAGCCUAAAAGGGCUACCAAAUCUUAGGCAGCAGGUUCGGCAAAGACGAAAGCAAGGGGGGCUCAAAUGGGUCUCACGGUUCGAGGAAGUCCAUGUUCACCGAAUAUAAAUUUAUGGCGCUCGGGCUGCACCCAGCUGCUUCUACACCCGCUGUGUGACUAUGCCCCGACGCUGGAAAAACCUGCCCAAGUGGCAAAAGCAGAACAAGUACAUUCGGUCUGGUUACAGAAAACCAUCUUACUCCUACUAUGGGU